AUGAGACUCUUGUUCUGGCUCGCCAUAUUUACCGCGACGGCAUUUGCUGCGUGGUCGGCCGAGGACCUUGAAAUUUUCAAACUGCAGCACGAACUCGUCAAGGAUACCAAGAAAGAGACCAACUUCUACGAGUAUCUCGGUCUUUCGAACGGGCCCAAAGCGUCCUACGACGAGAUCAACAGGGCCUACAAAAAGAUGAGCCGCAAACUGCAUCCCGACAAGGUCCGCAGGAAGGAGGGGAUGUCGCAGAAGGCAUUUGAGCGCAGGAAAAAGGCUGCCGAACAGCGGUUCCAGCGUCUCUCUCUUAUCGGCUCCAUUCUCAGGGGAGAGCGCAAGGAGCGCUACGAUUACUACCUGAAAAACGGCUUUCCGGCCUACACGGGCACCGGCUUCGCGCUAAGUAAAUUCAGGCCCGGGCCCGUGCUGGCAUUGGUCGUCGUUGUCGUUCUUUUCUCGGCCGUUCACUACAUCAUGCUCAAGCUGAACACGCAGCAGAAACGCAAAAGGGUCGAGAGGCUGAUCAACGAUCUGAAGACCAAGGCGUAUGGGCCGUCAAUGCUGCCGGGAACGAACUUCAGCGACCAAAGAGUGGCCCAUAUGGAUAAGCUGUUUGUAGUUAAAUUUGACGGCUCUGUGUGGCUCGUGGACAAGGAACUGAAAGAGGGUGAGGACUACGUCGUCGACGAAGACGGCCGCCAGGUGUUCAGGGUGGAAGCAGAACCGAAAAAUAGGAAGCAAAGACGAGCAAAGAAGGAUAAAGACGAGGUGCUGCUGCGUGUCACCCCGGACGACGUGGAAGAGGUCACGUGGCGACACGCACUGGUGGUCAAGCUUGUGUUCUGGGCCGUCUCCAAGCUCAAACGGAAGCUCAAAACGGAGAACAAAGCCGACAAGGGCACAGUCAAGCGUCUUCCUAAUGGCAAAGUGAAGAAAGUGAAAGGUACCGGAGAAAAUGGUGAGAAAAUUAAAUAA